AUGGACCCCGUUGCAACACCUCCCAGGAUAUCCAGAGUUGAUUCGCGCUACCGUCACCGAGCGCAAAACGUCCCGCCCCAGAGCGAACCUGUGCCGCAAUCUGAAGAGAAAGAGGAGGAAUCAAGCCAGGAGGACCUUAUCCCUGAACUGAGAGCCAGAGACAGCAUGAGCAGAGGCCAUCGCUUCUUUCACCGUCGUGCUGCGCUAGGCAACACGAAGGUUGUCACUGUCGCCGUCGAAGUAGUCGGGACUGUCGAUACGAGCGGAAGUUUCAUCCCUCAGGAGACUAUGGCGCCCGUCACACCUCAGUCCCCAGAUGCACCUGCACUACCGACUGCUGCAGCAGUCGCAGCGCCUUCACCCGCACCAGCGCCCUCGGUAGCUCCCGCGGCGCAGCAACCAUUGCCCUCCGCUCCCUCACCCGGUAUUCCAGCAGUACCAGCAGUACCUACAGUUGCGGCUCCUGUGCUUCCAUCCGUCCCAGCAGUCCCACCUUUCCCAAGUGACCUCGUGGUUCCGACCGUUCCUGCGUACCCAUACUCUACAGGCGGCCAAGUCCCGGUCACCUCCGACUUGAGCGCAUCUCCAAUUCCAACUGGUGGCCCUGUGAGCAUUGCGACUCCAUCUGCAGCCCCUGUGCCGCUAUCAGAUGUUAGUUUUAUCUUGAACUCGACCGCAUCUAGCACUGCUUCCUUGUUCUCAUCUUCUUCAUUCAUCUCUCUUGACAGCAUCUCGGCGUCAACUGCGACUGACCUGAUUGCGACCAUCGCAGACGCUCCGACUCGUUCGACAUCUUCAUCGGCAUCGCAAUUCACGUCCUCGUCCGACGCACCGUCAUCUUCUCAAACUUCAGCAGAAUCUGCUUUCACUAGCAGUGCCGUCAUCUCCUCGGAUGCUGCGUCAACAACAGCAUACUAUGGUGGUGCCGGUGGGGACGCGUCUGGAACGGCGGCUGCCCCUGCUGCCACCACAGCAGGCAUCUCAGAUGCUGAUGCCGACACCGCUCCUUCUCCACUUGAAACCCCACAGGUCGUCGGAAGUGUAGUGGGCAGUUUGGCAGGCGCUGCGCUCAUUCUCGCCAUAAUACUGCUGCUGCUUAGACGUCACAAGCGGAAGCAGGGCGGUGCUUUACAACUCACUGGCGACGAUCACACCGAUAACAACCAGUCGAUGAGGCAAGCACCCACCACAGCUAGUACUUUGGCUCCUAUCGCCUUCUUGAACCGUUUCUCUGGUUUGUCAGGCAAGACUGCGGAAACCAACCUCAGUGGUGGUGAACGCAGCUUUCAACGGGUGUCAGGGCGCAAGCUUCCUUCCGCCUUCAGCGAGGGCAUGACAUCAGAUCAGUUCUCUCGUGGCGGCACAAUGUCUGGAUCUUCUUUCUACCAAGAUGAACACGGCACAUAUGGCGGUCCCGGCAUGUCAAAAGAGUUUGGCAAGGAGAUUGGUGACAGCCCAACGAACCGAGAGUCAGGACCCAUGAACAUUCGACCCAGCCCAGCCAGGACACCAGUCAUACGGCAUCCUGAUGAUGGCAACCCCUUCUCGGACCGUAACUAUCUCAGUCCGCCACAAUCUCCAAAUCCUGAUGCCCCACCCAGAGGCACUCUUGGAAGAAGUCUGCCUUCGGCGGAUGGAUCCAGGUCAUCUCGGUUUACAGAGAACGUUUGA